AUGGCCCGGAACCGUUUGCUGGUGCACUUCUUCGCCCUGUUCCAUCUGGUGAUCGAUAAGCUGCUGUACAUGUGUCUCAAGUGGUACUGGGGUCCAAGCAAACAGCGCUGCCCAACGCUCCAGCGCAAGCGGAUGAUCGUAACGUACAGUGCGGUCGAACUUGCUCGGAUGAUCCGCACCCGGGAGGUAUCGUGUUACGACGUAAUCAGUGCCUUUAUCGAUCGUCUCAACGAGGUCAAUCCGCUCGUGAAUGCCGUACUCGAUGGUCCGUUUAUCGAUGCACUCGAUGAAGCGCGACGCAUAGACGAACGGCUGCAGCAGGGUGCGAUCGGUGAGGCUGAGCUAGCGGCGAAACCGUUCCUUGGCGUUCCGUUCACGACGAAAGACAGCACAGCGGUCAAGGACCGGUUGCAUACGCUGGGUAUCGUCGCACGGCGCACCGUCAAGUCAAACAACGAUGCCGAGUGUGUACGGCUGUUGAAGGAGGCCGGUGCAAUUAUUAUCGCGACGACGAGCAUACCGGAAAUCAAUCGAUGGCAAGAAACGCGUAACAACAUUAUCGGCCAGACGAACAAUCCGUACGACAAUCGGCGCACAGUUGGUGGAUCCAGUGGUGGUGAGGGAGCACUUCUAGCUGCUUGCGGAACACCGAUCGGAUUGGGAACCGAUAUCGGAGGCUCGAUUCGUAUGCCCGCUUUCUACUGUGGUGUGUUUGGCCACAAACCCACGACCGGCAUCAUAAACACGCGCGGCUGUUCCUUGCGCACCGGCCGCGAACCAUCCACCAUGGUCGUAGCCGGUCCGAUGACACGCUACGCAACGGAUCUGCUACCGCUGAUGAAAGUGCUCGUUGGACCGGAAAAAUCGACCGCUCUUCGCUUCGACGAACCGACGGACGUGCGUAAGCUGCGCUACUUUUACAUUGCCGAAUCGGGCGACAUCAAGUGCAGCGCAGUACAGCCCCAGCUUCAAAAGUCAAUGGAACGUGUGGUUGAACAUUUUUCGCAGAUUGCCCUGGCCGGUGUGCAAAAGGUUACGCUAACCGGUACAGACCGAACGACCAACAUGUGGCGCUACUGGAUGACACAGGAACCGGCCAACUUUGGUACGCUGCUCGGCAAUGGGAAACCGCUCAGUCCGUUGGUUGAGCUGGCGAAAAAGCUUACCGGCCGCAGUGAGUAUACGAUGGCUUCGAUUUAUUCGCUGAUGGACACGCUGUUGCCACAGGAAAAGGAAGACGUAAUUAAGGAGUUGACACGCUGCUGUGAUCAGGAACUGACGGAACUGCUCGGAGAUGAUGGAGUGCUGUUUUAUCACAGCACAACCCACACCGCGCCGUACCAUUAUGCGGCGUUUGUGAACGUUUACAACUUUAGCUACUGGUGUCUGUUCAAUGUGCUGCAUGUACCGGCCACACAGGUUCCGCUCGGGCUGGAUGCAGAUGGUUUACCGCUCGGCAUACAGAUAGUGGCGAGCCGUAACCGUGAUAGACACUGUUUGGCGGUGGCCGAAGAGAUCGAACGUGUGUUUAAUGGGCGCAUUCCUCCGUUCAUUGUUGAGUAGUAGCCGUC